CCAUUUGACAUAUUAAGCCGGGGACAUGUCAUACCCCGGGGACAUGUCAUAUAACGGGGAUGUGUCAUACAACAGGGACAUGUCAUACACCGGGGACAUGUCAUAUAACGGGGAUGUGUCAUACACCAGGGAUAUGUCAUACACCGGGGACAUGUCAUACACCGGGGACAUGUCAUACACCGGGGAUGUGUCAUACACCGGGGAUGUGUCAUACAACAGGGACAUGUCAUACACCGGGGACGUGUCAUACAACAGGGACAUGUCAUACACCGGGGACGUGUCAUACACCGGGGAUGUGUCAUACAACAGGGACAUGUCAUACACCGGGGACGUGUCAUACACCGGGGAUGUGUCAUACAACAGGGACAUGUCAUACACCGGGGACGUGUCAUACAACAGGGACAUGUCAUACACCGGGGACGUGUCAUACACCGGGGAUGUGUCAUACAACAGGGACAUGUCAUACACCGGGGAUGUGUCAUACACCGGGGAUGUGUCAUACAACAGGGACAUGUCAUACACCGGGGACGUGUCAUACACCGGGGACGUGUCAUACAACAGGGACAUGUCAUACACCGGGGACGUGUCAUACAACAGGGACAUGUCAUACACCGGGGACAUGUCAUACAUCGGGGGGACGUGUCAUACAAUGGGGAUGUGUCAUACACCAGGGACAUGUCAUACAUCGGGGAGACGUGUCAUACAACAGGGACAUGUAAUACACUGGGGACGCGUCAUACAACAAGGACAUGUCAUACACCGGGGGGACAUGUCAUACAAUGGGGACGUGUCAUACAAUGGGGAUGUGUCAUACACCAGGGACAUGUCAUACAUCGGGGAGACGUGUCAUACAACAGGGACAUGUAAUACACUGGGGACGCGUCAUACAACAAGGACAUGUCAUACACCGGGGGGACAUGUCAUACAAUGGGGACGUGUCAUACAAUGGGGACGUGUCUACACCGGGGAAAUGCCAUACAAUGGGGACAUGUAAUACAACAGAGAUGUGUCAUACACCUGGGAUGUCAUACGCUGAGGACAGCCCUGUAAAUUCGUCUUUGUG